AUGGAACACGCGAAAAAAUUGGUUUUGCUGCCAAAGGAAAGCCUGGAUCGUCUCGGCUGCGGUUCCGAUGUCGUUAUCGUCAAACAGAAGAAGAGCGCGCAAACUCCCGGCACGCCGCUCGAACGUCUCGAUGCCGAGAUGAACGAAAUAUUGCUCGCACCUUGCAGCGACGAGCGCGCUAAAUGGAAUCGCUAUAAUAACGUGUUGCAACGCUAUCUUCAACUCAAGAAAACAUCGCAGCACAUAAUCGAAAAAAAAAUAAAAACGGAGGAGCGGACCGACGAGGCCGACGACGCUAGCGAUACAGGCAAAGACGAGGCCAGCGCAACGAGCUCGGCACCGAUCAAGAGCGUAGACGCGUUCAUCGUCGAAAGCGUUCCAGCGAAAUAUCGGCAUAACGCGAAAAAUCUCGUCGAGUGGCUACGUAAAGAUGGUUCCGUUAAAUGGUCCGAAAACGGAUCCAUUUUUGGCUUCGAUACCGAACCUGGAAAAAAAUAUUUAACUCUAGGAUUCGAUAGCUCCGUGACUGGCAGCAGACCUUCGGAUCUUUCUGCAGCUCUACCAAAGAUGCUGUUGAUUUACACGGAUAUAAUAGAGCCGAUAUUUACGGGCGAUAUACAGGCUAAACUAUUGCGCUGCGUUUCCAUCGGUGGCGAAAAAUAUCGAUACGGUUUUACCGAAAUUAGCCGUUUUUCGCCACCCAUGUAUAUUCCGCUACUCUACAACUCCUUUCAAACGAUCGAAAUAGAUAUAAGAGAUCAACAUGGUCAACCAAUACCAUUUGAUUGUGGAACGUUGACAGCGAUACUACAUUUCAAACGCAUGGACCAAUGA